AUGAUGCGACCCCUCGCCUGGCUGCUCCCAUGGGCAGCACAAGCCGUCGACUGGUGCCCCGACGCCCUCUUCACAAAACCGCCGCCGCCGCUGUCGCUGCCCGUGUUUUUGUCCGCGCCCGCGACGACGCCACGCAGCAGCGAAGUCGCGUUCCAAGUCUCAAUAGGCGGCUCGGUCGUCGACGCGGCCACGGCCUUCUCCGUGAAGCACGCUAUUGGUGAAGACGCGCGCGACGCCUUGGUCGAGGCCGCGCACGCGCGCGAAGCUAGAGGCGCGCCCGUGGCCCGAGCCGUUGUGAUUACGAGCGAGCACGCGGACUGGGCUUUACAAAGGCCGGGGACGCUGCUGGUGCUUGUCGGAAAGGAGAUGGACUGUGCACGGGCGGCUCACCAAAGCGCGUCGGGCCUCGCGGUCGCUCGUGACGGAAGACGAGGCGCUCGAGAAGCCUCACUCAUCGAAGGGAGCGUGGUCGUCGUCGCUACUCAAUCUGCACCACAAUUGAGUUUGAAUGAGGUCCUCGCCGAGCACGAGCGCAUCCGGCACGCGCGGGGCGGCGACGGUUCGUUUGGUGUGGCCAUUCCCGACAUCUCUGGAGAUAGCGCCCUGGCCUUUCCAUCAAGCUUUUAUCGGGAGACGAGACCGCUAAGUUUUACCGCGCAUGGUGGGCCGUCGCGCACCUAUUCGACGACGUUCAGGAAGAGGACCCGCCGGAAACGCCGCUCAGCUGUGCUGAAACAUGUCCCGACAUAGCCGUCGUCGUCUACCACCAGGGCGAGGAUGACGCCCACAAGAGGCACGUUUUUGAAAUCUCGCGAGCUGUGGUAAGGGGGUUAAGGGCGCUGGGCCUACGAGCACGUUUGACGAUUGCGUCGACGCCUCGCAGGGCUGCGCCUUUCGUGACCACGAGAGGCGCAUCCACCUCGCGACGCACAACCUGCAGGUGUUCCUCGACCUGGCGACGAUGGCGCCACUGAUGCUGAAGAGGGGGGACUUCCUGCCCCGCUUUUCAAUGGACGUGGCCUUCAACUUCGAGUACGUGCCUAACGUAAUAAAUGCGACGGAAGUGGCGGAGGCUUCAUCCCAAAAAACGGACCACGUCCAGAACGCUCAUGGGUCCUUCGCCACGGCCGUUGCCCUAGCUACCCUAAAAAAGGCGGCGCGCGUCUGGGACUACUCGCUCGCGAACGUCGAACCCCUCUCGACGUUAACGCGUGUGGAACACGUGCCGCUGGGCUGGUCGACGGCCUGGCGGCCCCAUCGUGACCUAUCGAGGUUGAUCCAAGACAAGGACAUCCCUAUUUUAUUUUAUGGUACGUUGACAUCCAGAAGGAAGCGCACCCUCCAAAUGUUGCGGAGCAACGACCUGCCCAUCUUCCAUGCCAACGCCCAAACCGACGGCACUUUUGCGCCGGCCUUGGAUGCCUUGAUCCUGAGCGCCGCCAUCGUCUUGGACUUAAAGGCCUUCGACUCGACAAAAACGCGCGAGUGGAAGAUGCCUAGGUUGGCUAAAUUACUUGCGGCGGGCGCCUUCGUCGUGAGCGAGGGCGCGUGUGGUGUGGAGCACCAGUGUGCGGCGUAUGCGGAGGGCGUCGUCUUCACGGACGACCUGGUGGAGACGUUACAAUAUUAUAUGGAGCGGCCCGUGGAACGGGCGCGCGUCGCCGCGCGCGGGAAGGCGUUGUUCGAGGCGCGGACUUUUGGAAGGGUGCUCCGGGGGCCCGUGGAACGGUGGCUUAA